AUGUGGGGGCAACCCUAUGAACUGGGAUUCCAGCCACUGCGCCAGGACACACUGCAUUCCAAUGAAGGUCCAAACUCAGAUAUCUCAAGUACAACAAUAUCACCUAUCAUAGCUCUUCCUCCACUGCAGAUACCCUCUUUUACAUUGCACCCCAACCCCCGCGAGCUCCUUCCCUCCUCUUCCCAUACGCAUACAGUCUUUUCCACUCAUAAUGUUGAGCCUGACAAUCUCCCCCCUGAAGCAAUGCUCCAAGACACCUCAAAAUAUAUCACCAAGGAUGGAGAUUACCCUGUUGCUCGUGGUGGGUUCGGGGAGAUCUGGAAAUGCACAUUUUACAAAGAUCAUAGCGCAGUCAAGGUUGCAGUGAAAGCAUUGCAGGUGUACACUGAUGAUCAACUUGGGGCAGCGAAGACAAAAAAGAUCAAGGGGCAGAGACUAGGACUCAAACAAAGGAUAUCACAACAAUGA